GUGCCGGCAAGCCCGAAGACGAGCACCAAAGAGCGGCAAGUGCCAACCCACGCUGCGAACGCAGCACAGAGGAGCUGCUGCUUGCAGCCCCCAAGGUGGAGUUGCACGUGCACCUGGACGGUUCCUUCGAUGCUGCAGUACUGUUCCGCGCAGCGCAGGCUCAUUUAGAGGAACUCCCGGAGAAAGUGCGGACUCCAUGGGAUGGCAAGAUGCUGGAAGUGCAAAAGGCGGUGCGUGAAUGUCAUGGGGACCUGGCAAAGUUCACCUCUCUGGUCACCGUUGGGAGCGACAUCAUCGGCCUGUUUCCCAUACUCGACUGCUUCUACACCUUCUUGCCCAUUGUCCGUGGCCGGUUCGAGUUGCUCGAAGAACUGGCUUUCGAGUUCUGCCGCGAGCGGAAGAAACACAACAUCAUCUACACGGAAGUGAGGUACUCUCCCUUUGAGUUCCUCCCGCAAGGGGAGGAUGGACAGAUUGCAGAUACCUCGAAAGCAGCAGAUGCAGUCAAGGCCGUGUGCGCAGGCCUGCGGAAGGGCCAAGCCGAGUUUGGGGUGAUGGUUCACCAGAUCCUGUGCUGCAUUGCAGCACAACCGGCAUGGUCUGCCCAGACGAUGGUACUUGCGGAGGAGUUCAGGAACGAGGGUGUGGUUGGAGUAGACAUCGCAGCUGGCGAGAUGCAUUUCGAGGACGGUGCAUUGCAUGAUGCGCACCGGGAUGCCAUGGCUAUGGCGCAAAAGAAGGGCCUUGGUAUCACAGUGCAUGCUGCUGAGGCUGGACCAGGUGACAACGUUUGCAGGGCAAUGGAUGUUUAUGGUGCGACUCGAAUAGGCCAUGGUUACAGAUCUGUCGGCAUGCAGGCUUACAACUAUGCCAGGAGCAAGGGUGUGCACUUCGAGUUAUGUCCUACGUCCUCUGUUUCCACGCAAGCUAUUGAGCUGGAGAAGGCAGAUGGUUCACUUCAAUGGAAAACGCACCCAAUAAGUCGCUUCUUUCUGGACGGCACUUCCUGCUCCAUCAACUCGGACGAUCCAGCAGUAUUCCGAUCUUCGCUCACCGAUGAGCUUGUCAUUUGCGUUAAAGAGAUGGGUCUCAGCUUGGAGAAUAUCCAGUGGAUGACCUUGGAAGCUCUCGAGCAUGCCUUCCACUUGGAGAGUGGUGUGAAAGACACCAUCGCAGAAAAGGUGAAGGGCUUGGAACCCUUUGCUUCCGGCGGCGCCACUCAGUGCUGGCGGCCGGCGGAGUACGUGCUACUGUUGUCCCUGCACUGCAGCGAACGAACCCCCACGCAAACGGCAGCGGUCCUCGCGACUCUCGGCAGAUGUGCCGCUGCCACCGGUGAAGCAGGAGCUGCACCCUGCCAGGGCCCAAGUCUCCGACGCGAGACAGACCACGUGCAGGUAAAGAUGGAGAAGGAGGAAGAGGAGGAUGACACCAAUGCCCUCGAUGCUCUUAUUGCGGCUGCAUCCUCCAGGAAAGGCGUGGCCACCAAAACCGAGGCAGUCAAGUCGGAGCCCGUCAAGACCGAGGCAGUCAAGACGGAGAAGGUCAAGGCCGAAGAGGAGGACGACGACGACACGGAAGAGGAGGAGGAUCCUCUUAUGGGCCGUCGCCUUAACUUCUCGGAAACCUGCAUAUCAGAAGCAAGCGAAGAGGUUCCUGUCAAAGUUCCGGAAGCUUCAGCCAAGCCGAUGGCCCAGCCCGAACGUGAAGCUGCCAUCGUGAAGCGGGUCUUCCGACGAUAUGACAAGCUGGGUGAUGGGACAGUUGAUCGAGACAUGCUGUGGAAGGUGAUGCAGACCCUGCCUUCGAAGAUCAGUCUCCAAACCUUCCUGCAUCUACUUCAACAGACAGGAUACGAUGGUGGCCGUGUGAACUACGUCCGGUUCCUGGAUCGGCUUUUCUCAGAGAACUCAGGGGAGGACACGGCCAGCGACAGCGAAGACGCGACGUCGGCCUUGGACGGCUGGCGCCGACUGCUGCUUACAAUGGCGAAAUUCCAUGCCCCUGACGAAGCUUUUGAGCGCAGGAGCCGAUCUCGAAUGCCAUCUGAUUCCAACUGA